UGUUCCGGAUCAUCUCAGUGCCCUACCCGACCUAACCCGGUACUGUCCUGGUCGGUAUUCUCUGGUCGCCCGAGUUCGAAGCCGUGAGAUCGCAGUUUAUACUUUUGAAUUUGUCCAGAGUGCCCGGAAGAGCUGAGAAGCAUGGCCGUCGUGGACGUCAGCACCGUAUUUAAGGAGUUGGUGGUGUUCAGGGACGUGGCUGUGGAGUUCUGUAAGGAGGAGUGGGAGUGUCUGGGCCCUGAGCAGAGGUCGCUAUACAGAGAUGUGAUGCUGGAGAACUACAGCAACUUUGUGUCCCUGGGACUUGCCAUUUCUAAGCCGACAAUUAUUUCACUGCUGGAGCAAGGCAAAGAACCCUGGAUAGUGGAGCAAGCGGGAUGGUACCCAGAUUUGCUGUCUGAAAAUGAAGCUAAGAGUUUGUCUCUAAAGAAUGGCAUCUUUGGAAAGGAAUCGUUAAAAUGGAAAAUAAUAGAAAGAGUUGGUAGUUCUUGCCUUGAGGAAUCUUGUUUUGGAGAUGAUUGGAAAUGCAAGGGACUCCUUGAGACAAAACAGGAAUCUACAGAGGAAUAUUUACAGGGAGUGACAGACCCGUUGGAAGAGACGUCGGCCAAAUUUGUUCAGCCUCCACCCAUUGCUCUGAGUGAAGUGAUGCAUUCCGAAACAAAACUCUCUGAGCAGGACGCAGGCGAAACCAUCACUCAACAGGUGCGAAUUCCUACCAGUGACAAACUUAAUGAAAUGUACGAGAAUGCCUUUAUCUAUUACACAGGUGAGAUGAAGCGACAACAGGACUUUGCUGGGGACAGAUGUGAUGAGCUAAAGGCAUGCAGCAGAGGGUUCGCCUAUGACUUUCAGCUUGCCCCGUAUCAGAUCAACAAGAAGCCCUACCAGUGCGAGAUCUGUGGGAAGAUCUUUGAGAAGCAUGCUUACCUUGUUCAGCAUAACCGCUUUCACACAGGGGAGAAACCCUGCGAAUGUAAGGAGUGUGGGAAAGCCUUCACCAACUGCUCGCUGCUCGUCCAGCACCAGAGAGUUCACACGGACGAGAAGCCCUACGAGUGCAAGCACUGUGGGAAGGCCUUCCUCUACUUCUCCACGUUUUUUCAGCAUCAGAGAACCCACACCAACGAGAAGCCAUACGAAUGCCACAAAUGUCAGAAGGCCUUUAACAAGAGUGCCAACCUCACUAGACAUCAAAGGAUCCACAGCGGCGAGAAACCCUACGAGUGUAACUUAUGUGGAAAGACCUUCACCUGGGCUUCCAACCUGAAUGAUCACCAAAAGAUUCACACCGGCGAAAAACCUUAUGAGUGUAACUACUGCGAAAAGGCCUUUCUCUGCCAUUCGGCGUUCAUGAAACACUAUAGAACUCACACAAACGAGAAGCCCUACGAGUGUCAGGAGUGUAUGAAGGCCUUCAGGCAGAAAGCCCAUCUCAUCCAGCACCAGAGAGUCCACACUGGCGAAAAACCUUACGAAUGUAAGGAAUGUGGGAAGGCCUUCGCGUGUCCUUCCUACUUUAACAGACACCAGAGGAUUCACACUGGAGAGAGGCCUUAUGAGUGUAAGGAGUGUGGGAAGGCUUUCAUUGAUUGUAAAACCCUCAUUCUGCACCAGAGGAUCCACACUGGCGAGAAGCCCUUCCAGUGCCAGCAGUGUAGCAAGGCCUUCAGGCAGAGGUCCCACCUGACGCAACAUCAGAGAAUCCACACUGGUGAGAAGCCCUAUGAGUGUAAGGAGUGUGGGCAGGCUUUCAAAGUCCGCCAACAACUUACUUUCCAUCAGAGGAUCCACACCGGCGAGAAGCCCUACGAAUGCAAGGAAUGUGGCAAAGCCUUCCGACAGUGCGCCCACCUCAGUCGCCACCAGAGGAUCCACGCCUCUGACAAGCUCUAUGAAUGCAAGAAGUGUGCAAAGAUCUUCACGUGUAGCUCGGACCUUCGAGUGCAUCAGAGGUCUCACGUGGGCGAGAAGCCCUACGAUUGUAAAGAGUGCGGGAAGGCCUUUCGAGUCCGUGGACAACUCAUGCUCCACCAGAGGAUCCACACCGGUGAGAAGCCCUACGCAUGCACGGAGUGCGGCAAGAGCUUCCGGCAGGUAGCGCACCUCACUCGGCAUCAGAGGCUCACCAGUGGCAGCUCACGCCACGAGUGUAAGGAGUGCGGCCAGGCUUUCCUGUGCAGCACGGGCCUCCGGCUGCAUCACAAACUGCACACGGGAGAGAAACCCUACGACUGCAAGGAGUGUGGGAAGGCGUUCCGGGUGAGGCAGCAGCUCACCCUGCAUGAGAGAAUCCACACCGGAGAGAAGCCCUUCGACUGCAAGGAGUGCGGGAAGACCUUCAGCCGCGGCUACCAUCUCACCCUCCACCAGAGGAUCCACACUGGGGAGAAGCCUUACGAGUGUAAGGAGUGCCGCAAGUUCUUCCGCCGGUACUCGGAGCUCAUUUCCCACCAGGGCAUUCACAUCGGGGAGAAACCCUAUGACUGCAAGGAGUGCGGAAAGGCUUUUAGGCUGUUCUCCCAGCUGACUCAGCACCAGAGCAUUCAUUUUGGUGAGAAGCCCUAUAAAUGUAUGGAAUGUGAGAAGACUUUCAGACUCCUCUCACAACUGACGCAGCAUCAGAGCAUUCACACCGGCGAGAAGCCCUACGAUUGUAAGGAGUGCGGAAAAGCCUUUCGGCUCCACUCGUCCCUCAUUCAGCACCAGAGAAUCCACUCUGGCGAGAAACCGUACAAAUGUACGGAGUGUAAGAAGUCCUUCCGUCAGCACUCACACCUCACCUACCAUCAGCGAAUUCAUAAGAAUUUGUAAGGACCCUUCUACGAAUCCUUGCCUUGCAAAUGUACUAAGGAGCAGUAGGAAAUAAGAAAAUUCUAGAAGAAAAAAGAUUUUAAUCCUUAUUUUGCUUUGUGUUCAUAAGUAACAACAUAAAGGUCAAAGGAAAAAAUAUUAAACUUUUGGAAAUUCUUUCGUAAAUGUAUAAAAGGUAUUUUGUCUUACUGUACACCUACCUAAGGGCAUAGUCAGGGCAUCAACUCAUUUUGGAAAUUAAUAAAUAAAAAGAAUUGUCGUUUAGCCUGCAUAAACUCUCAGAGCGACUGAAAUGGUUGAGGUACACAGCUCUUAGAGUGUUUCAUCAGAAUCACGCAGAGUCAUAUGGAACGAAGAAGUUGUAUCAGGAAAACUAUUUUGUAAUAACAUGCAGUGGAGCAGCGAUUCUCAGCCUGUGGGUCCCGACCCUUUGAGGAUAGACCUACCCUUUCGCAGGAGUCACCUAGGACCAUCAAAACACAGAUUCGCAUUAUGAUCCAUUACAGUAGCAAAAUUACAGUGAUGAAGUAGCAACACGUGAUUUUAUGGUGGGAGUCACCACAGCAUGAGGAACUGUAUUAAAGAGCCACAGCAUUAGGGAAGUUGAGAACCACUGCUCCAGAAUUCAGCCAUGAUAGACUGGCUUGUACUUGGUAGUGAUUGGUAGUGAAAAGGUCAGGCUGCCAGGAUGUGAACCCACUGACCCGUCUUGCCACCAGUGUAGCCCAGUAAAGCGUCCAGUGUCUUCCACUGUGACAUUGUGAUAUUCCCACCUAACUCAACGCACCAAACCUCUAAGUCAAUGAGACAACCACCAACAUUAAAAAAAAAAAAAAAUGAGUAAAAAAACAUAUAAUCUAGGCCAGAUCUUCAAAAUCUUUCUUGUGUGUUUUUUUCUACGUAUUCAAGAGUGAAGUGAAUUUUGUUUGUAAACUUAAAAAAAAUACUUUCUUAA